CUGGAGUUUAUUAAAGGGGAUCUGCACUAUUCUUUCUCUCUCUGCGCGUCUCCAUCAGCGGUGCGUUACAAAGCCCCGAUCGGGUGUCCCGUGCAUGACGGUCUGUCUCCCGCAAAGACCCACUGAAAUCUCAUCUGACUUCACAGAGGCUCUUGUCGGGUUCGGUUCAGUUGCGGAUGAGCACUUGAGUCUCGUUUUAGUAGAUCGGCAGUCCCAUAUCCAGAAACAUAGAAAGAAAAGAGUUCAGUUUGGACCGUUCUGCGUUGCUGACACCCAUUCAGGAUUAUUAUAUAUUUGGAUUUUUUUUUUUUUUUUUAUCUUCGUAAAAAGUUCCUGAUCAUGUCUUUUGUCACUGAUCUGUAUAGAGGUGGCCCUAAUGCAGGUAUGACAGAGUUUCAGGAGAAGCAGAGAUUGCAGCAUGAGUGCUCAAUGCACACAGAGCUGGAGAAACUUCUGGCCACUGCAAAGUCACCGGAGGUGGAGAUCUCCAGGAAGGACUUUGAGGGCUUCACAAAACUCUUUCACCGUUUCCUUCAGGAGAAAGGACCUUCUGUAGACUGGGCCAAGAUCCAGAGACCACCUGAAGACUCGAUCCAGCCCUAUGAGAAGAUCAAGUUGAAGGGUCUUCCUGCCGAUGUGGCGUCCAGUCUUAAUAAACUAGCUGUGGUGAAGCUCAAUGGAGGUCUAGGCACCAGCAUGGGCUGCAAAGGACCCAAGAGUCUCAUCAGCGUCCGCAAUGAAAACACGUUCCUGGACCUGACUGUACAGCAGAUCGAGCAUUUAAAUAAGAAGUAUAAUGCAGACGUUCCUCUAGUGCUGAUGAAUUCCUUUAACACAGACGAAGACACCAAGAAGAUCUUGCAAAAAUACACACAUCACCGUGUCAAGAUACACACCUUCAACCAGAGCAGGUAUCCCAGGAUCAAUAAGGAGUCUUUGUUGCCCAUGGCCACAAACAUGGGCCUGACGGGUGAGAACGAAGAAGCUUGGUACCCGCCCGGGCAUGGAGACAUCUACGCCAGCUUUUUCAACUCUGGUGUGCUGGACAAGCUUAUUGCAGAUGGGAAGGAGUACAUCUUUGUGUCCAACAUUGAUAAUCUGGGCGCCACGGUGGACCUACAUAUCUUAAACCACCUGGUGAGCCAGCCGAGCAGCAAACGCUGCGAAUUCGUCAUGGAGGUCACCGAUAAGACAAGAGCUGAUGUGAAGGGUGGUACGUUGACUCAGUACGAUGGUAAACUGAGGCUGCUGGAGAUUGCUCAGGUUCCCAAAGCUCAUGUAGAUGAGUUUAAAUCUGUCACCAAGUUCAAGAUCUUCAACACCAACAAUCUGUGGAUCAGCCUACCGGCCAUUAAAAGACUUCACGAACAGAACGCGAUGGACAUGGAAAUCAUUGUGAAUCCCAAGACUCUAGAUGGCGGUCUGAAUGUGAUUCAGCUGGAGACUGCGGUGGGUGCUGCCAUGAAGAGCUUUGACAACGUGCUGGGCAUCAACGUGCCUCGCAGCCGCUUCCUGCCUGUCAAAACCACCUCUGACCUCCUGUUGGUCAUGUCUAACUUGUACAGCAUGGACGCGGGGUCUUUGACCAUGAGUCCCAAGAGAGAGUUUCCCACAACACCUCACGUCAAAUUGGGCAGCUCCUUUACAAAGGUUCGGGACUUCCUGAAAAGGUUUGAGAGCAUUCCUGACAUGCUGGAAUUGGAUCACCUGACUGUAUCAGGAGAUGUUACCUUUGGAAAACAAGUCACUCUCAAGGGUACUGUUAUCAUUAUUGCUAAUCAUGGAGACAGAAUUGAUAUCCCGGCUGGAGCGAUGCUAGAGAACAAGAUCGUAUCAGGAAACCUUCGCAUUCUGGACCACUGAGGCCUUCACAACCAAACUACAACUGUUGCACAACAUUUCAACUGGACUGUUACAGGGCACGUGUGUGUGUGUGUGUGUGUGUGUGUGAGAGAGAGAGAAACCGUCCAUAUGAUUAGCAUUAAGUAUCCCUUAAGACAUAUAAAGUCAUUUUGACCAUUUCUAUAAGGACUUUAUAUUCUGAUGUAACUUUAACAAGACUGCUGCUAGUUUUGCUGCUAUGUAGCUCACUCAAUAUUAACACUGAAUACAAGUGUCAUCUUGAAAUUGAAGAACUGAUCAAGGAUCAGCUGUGAUGGUUAAACUGGAGAUUAGGGAUUAAAAACUCUGAUUCCAGUUCUGGGUUUGUGGAUUAAACUGGGAUAGUUCAAACAAAAAUGAAAA